CUUCGUUUUUCUGGUGCCAGAGGGAGUAAGUGCUGAGAGUGUUGUUGUCUGUCGCUGCUGGGGACAGACAGAGCUGGCCAAGGUCGGUGAAAGUACUGCUGAGACCAACAUAACAUCCUAAAAAGUACUACCCCAAGAGGCAUACAGAGACAAAGAGAAAGCGGAUGAUAUAGACAGCAAGCCGGCGUCCUCCACCAGAGAAGGUUUGCUGGAAUGGGUAACCUGCUAAAAGUCCUAACAAGGGAUAUAGAGAACUAUCCACACUUUUUCCUGGACUUUGAAAAUGCUCAGCCGACCGAAGGAGAGCGUGAGGUGUGGAACCAGGUGAACUCAGUCCUCCAGGACUCUGAGAACAUCCUGACUGGCCUGCAGGCGUACAAAGGAGCAGGCCAGGAGAUCAGAGAUGCCAUUCAAAACCCCAGUGACUUCACGCUGCAGGAGCGAGCCUGGAACUCAGUCUGCCCGCUGGUCAUCAAACUCAAGAAGUUCUACAGUUUCUCUCUCCGACUAGAGGAGGCUCUGCAGAACUUGUUGGAGUGUCUGACCUGUGCGCCCUUCACACCCACUCAGCACCUGGAGAGAGAGCAGGCGCUGGCCAAACAGUUUGCUGAGAUCCUCCACUUCACUCUGCGCUUUGAUGAGCUCAAGAUGAGAAUUCCUGCAAUCCAGAAUGACUUCAGCUACUACAGAAGAACCAUCAGUCGGAACCGGAUAAACAACAUGAAUUUGGACAUUGAGAGGGAAGUCAACAACGAGAUGGCCAACAGGAUGUCUCUGUUCUACGCCGAAGCCACACCCAUGCUGAAGACGCUCAGCAACGCAACCACAAACUUUGUGACAGAGAACAAGACUCUUCCACUGGAGAACACGACCGACUGUCUGAGCACCAUGGCCAGCGUCUGUAAAGUCAUGCUGGAGACACCGGAAUAUUCGAGUCGUUUCAGCAGCGAGGACACGCUCCUGUUUUGCAUGAGGGUCAUGGUCGGAGUCAUCAUUCUUUAUGACCACGUCCACCCCAACGGCGCCUUUAACAAGUCCUCCAAGAUAGACAUGAAAGGCUGCAUAAAGGUUCUCAAGGACCAGCCGGCAGACAACGUGGAAGGCCUCCUGAAUGCCCUCAAAUUCACCACAAAACACCUGAACGACGAGUCCACUCCCAAGAACAUCCGGACGAUGCUCCAGUAAUGUUUUGUGUUUUUUUUUUUUUAUAUAUAUAUAUAUAUAUAUAUAUAUAUAUAUAUAUAGAGGAUCAAUGCUCAAUGACCUCAAAUAAGAUGUAUAUGUUUACAUUAUUUAAAAAGACUCGAUGUUAAUACUUGUGUGUUAUGGCAUAGUCAUUCCCUCCAAGCUAUUGCAGAACAUUGUAGCUUCUACUUUGCAAAAAAAAAACAACAGUACGGAAGCAUCCCAUGAAUUGCCUCUACUGUUAACAGCUGCCUAAGCGCCAGUGAUGGAUACCUUUCAGCCUUAUAGAACUGAGCGUUGCGAGCAGCACUCUGGAAAAAAAAAUCUCCUUCGACCAAUCUUCUGAAUCCUUUAUUCGACAAUGGAAUGAGUUCAGUGUACAGCGUUUAGUCCAAUUCCCCUUGGUUUUUCUGAAGCAAAAUAAAUCAGUUUUUUGUUUGUUUUUUUGAAAGUGAACAUUUUUAAAUUGCUUCUCAUUUCUAUCACGAUGACAGUUUGUGUCAACAUGUAUUAAAAACAAGUGAAGUUGUUUCUGUCUUUUGAGCUCCAGAAGAGUGAGAUGUAACGGCAUAAGAAAUCAGUUCAUGUUCACAUGGACGCGCGUGUGUGUGUGUUGCCGUGAAUGGCUGAAUAUUAAAGCCAAUAAGGGAUCGAUUGGUUUGAUGUACGUUUCGCUGAAUAGCAUUUGAGUGUUUUCUGUUUUCGUAGUCAGCUGUUGUAUUUGUUUUUUUUUUUUUUUUUCUUUUCUUUCAAACUCCAAUCUUGUGCAACUGUUGAAAUAAAUCCACUGUGAACACAAAACUCACUCUGCACAUCCAGUAAGAUCCAGUAUGUCAAGGUGCGCUUUCAUUUCGAGGUUUGAAAAAGGGCUGUGAUGAUAACGAAACGCGGAAAUCAAAAAUCAACCAACCAAAUGUUGUAUUUAAUUUAUGUGACAAUGCUCCGAGUGAUAUUUCUGCCAUGUUUUAAGUGACUGACUUUGUGGCUUUUUGUAUUAAACAGAAAAAUGCAUUUCUCUAAAAAGGCCAAAAAAAAUCUUCCAUUCUGAAUAAAUGACUUGUGCUUCUUAACUGAAAAAGUUCUUAAAAAGAAA